AUGUCUCUGUGGCAGCCCCCUCCUCACCCUGCCCAGAAAGGGGGCACCCCCCAGAUGCAGCCUGCACCCCCAAACCGGCAGCCUGAAGUCUGGGGUGCCAGAGAUAUCGACCCAGAUAUUGAUCUAGACAUAGGUAUCAAUGAUGAAGCCUCCUGUGUUAUUGAUAGAGAUAUCGACCCAGAUAUUGAUCUAGACAUAGCUAGGAUGCAAACUCUUGCCAUGGGACCCCGAAAUUCAAUGCCAGGCACCCCCAUCUGGCCUCCUGGAGAUCCUGAUCCAGAGGUUGCGUCUCUGGGCACCAGUGGGAUUCGUUGCGCCCUGGCCUGGAUAUUUUUUGGGGGGUUCACCGCCCAGACCUGCACAGGGCUGGGCCCCCCCAAACCCAACAUCCUCCUGAUGCUCGUGGACGACCUCGGCAUCGGGGAUUUGGGGUGUUUCGGGAACGACACCCUCAGGCGCCAUCUUGGUGGUCUCAGGCGCCAUCUUGGUGGUCUCAGGCGCCAUCUUGGUGGUCUCAGGCGCCAUCUUGGAAAAUGGCACCUGGGCUUGAAUUGCCAUGGGAGAGACGAUCACUGCCACCAUCCCUCUCACUACGGGUUCGAAUCCUUCUACGGCAUGCCGUACACUUUAGUCGACACUUGUUGGCCCAACCCUACAAGAGACACCCAACUGGCCCUCUUUGUUCAGCACCUCAUCGCCUUGACGGUGCUGUCUUUCGUCUUGGGCAAAGUCCUGCGCGUCGUCUCCACCUCCUGGUUCUUCCUCCUCUACCUGGGGGCCCUCCUCUUCCUCCUGAGCUACUUCUGGUCUUCCAGCCACACGUCUUCGCUCUACUGGGACUGCGUCCUCAUGAGGGGCCAUGACAUCACGGAACAGCCAAUGAAGGCGGAGCGAGCUGCGUCCAUUAUGAUCGAGGAGGCGACGUCCUUCCUGGAAAGAAACCAAGAAGGACCUUUCCUCCUCCUCUUCUCCUUCCUGCACGUACACACGCCUUUGCCUACCUCCGACGCCUUCAUCGGCACCAGCAGACACGGUCUUUAUGGAGACAACGUCCAGGAAAUGGACUUUAUGGUGGGCCAGCUGCUGAAUGCCCUGGACCGCCUUUCCCUCACCAACAAAACCCUCGUCUACUUCGCGUCCGAUCAUGGAGGACACCAGGAAGCUCGAAGGGGCCACGCCCAGCAUGGGGGGUGGAAUGGAGUCUUCAAAGGUGGGAAAGCCAUCAGCGGCUGGGAAGGAGGGAUCCGAGUUCCGGGCAUCGUGCGCUGGCCUGGGCAGCUGCCCCCCGAAACCGUGGUGGACGAGCCCACCAGCCUGAUGGACAUUCUCCCGACACUGGCCAUCCUGGCGGGGGGUACAUUGCCACAGGACAGACAGAUCGAUGGCCACGACCUCAUGCCCUUGCUCCGUGGCGAGCAAAUGGUGUCAGAACACGAAUCCUUGUUCCAUUAUUGCGAGAGAGACAUCCACGCCGUCCGCUGGCGCCCCAGAAACGGUUUGGCCCUCUGGAAAGUCCACUUCGUGACCCCCAAUUUCGAGCCCCCCGGAGCGCAGGGCUGCUACGUGUCUCGCUUCUGUUCCUGUCUCCCGGGCCAAGUCACAGCCCACGACCCCCCUCUGCUCUUCGACCUCAGCCGGGACCCGUCCGAAUCCAGGCCUUUGAGCCGGGACACUGAACCCCAAUUUGAUGAGGUGAUUCGGAGGGUGUCCGAGGCCGUGAGGGAACACCGCGCUGCCCUCGUGUCCACCCCGGUUCAGCUGACGCACCGCAACAAGAUUAACCCCAGGCUGAGGCCUUGCUGUGGCGUCUUCCCCUACUGUAUGUGUGACCGAGAGGGCCUGGGGGAUACCCAGUUGCACCCCCAGGGGACAGAAGGGGGACUCCGGGGGCAUAGCAUUCCAGCCUGA